AUGAAGCAACUGGCUAGACUUUCUUUUGGCACCAGAACCUCUAUUGGUCAUGAGGAUUAUCUGAGCUGGGUGUCGGAUCUAAAGGGGAUGAUAGAGGGAACAAUAGACAAUGUCAAGGACUUGGCUGUUUCUUCACUAGUCAGUAUAGCACGGCGAUGUGAUUUAGCUGCCAAUGUCGACGGAACAGCAAGAUUUGUCCAUAUGCUGCAUGAGCUUUACUUCUCUGCCAAAGUUAAUAGUCGUUUGAAUUUGAUGAAAUUCAAAGAUAACAGUCGUCGACCGAAGCCUUCCGAAGUAUACAAGUCUCUUCAAACUCAUAGUAUUCCUGAACAUAAAAGUCAAGAUUAUAUGUCAGCUGGGAGUAGAUGGGCAUUCUUGGCUAAUGCAGGGUCACUUUAUCUAUUGCUGGUUAUUGCCUUCAAAGGAGAAGAUGAAUAUUUCAGAAAGAAAGCCUCAGUAACUGUCAUACAAGCUCUGUGCAAUAAAAUUAGAGCACCCGAUUCAUCAGGAAUUACGGGAGAAAUUGUUAGGUUUAACCUCAUACCGGUUCUAGCUAACCUUUGCAAAGAUAUUCCCAUUUCAAUACCGACUUUGUAUCAUAGGUCUCUUUUGAGAGAUCUGGGCCUUUCUGGUUCCUUUGAUUGCGGAGAUUUGCGGGUAAACGAUAAUUAUUUUGGAUCUUUCUUUUUUCACACCUUUAGAUCUCUUCCUAGAGAUUGGGAAGCCUGGAAGCAAUUUGAUGUGUCUAUGAAAUCUGAACAACAGACAGGAGCUGCUCAGCACGCAUCUGCAGUUUCUGAACUGUCCUCUGAAGAAGAGACCUUCACUCUGCCUUCAACUGUUCCACCUAUUUCAAUUCUUUUUAAUCGUAUGGGCUUCCAGUCUCAAGAUUCAGAAGGAAUCCAUCAAGUUCUGUUUACGGCGUACAAACCUGCCAAAACUAAGGAACCUUUUCCUCCUGACUAUGGAGGUAGAAGCAAAUGGACGGAAAACGAAAGAUCUCUAGCUCAAGAUUGUGUUACUCCUGAAUCUUUGGAGAGUUACGCUAGCAAGAUGAAUGGACGUUUCGAUAGCUUGGGACGGCUUUCCGACUCUAGGUACCUGAAGCUCAAUCGAAACAUUAUUGAAGGCAAACUUGUACAGAUAUUCGAUGACAACAAAGAUUUACUUUAUACGUUGGACACCACUAUGCCUCAACACCUAAAAGAAGGCUUGGAAAGGAUUAUUCAGGCCUGCUUGUCCGAUACCACUGCACAGUUCACACCUCAAGAUCCUUCUUCAUCUGUUCAAACUGCUGCUUUUUCCUCUCUUCAUUUCACCAAUCAAACGCGCUAUUUAACUCAUGGAUAUGAGGCCCCUAAGGAUAUCCAUCCUUUAUAUCUUGUCAACGCCAAUGGAGGAAAGAUGAAUCACAGUCAGCUUCUGGUUCAUCCUUCUGAAGACAUUCAGAAAUUUUCCGGGCCUUUCAAAGAUUUGAAACAGAGUUUGGAGGAAACUUUACGUUGGGUUUCAGAAAAGGUUUUACAGAUUCAUCCCGAUACUUUUCAUGAGAUUUUCGCCACCGUUGAUCUUCUUCCCUUACAAGACACUUCCCCCGCUUCUCCUUUUACAAGCAUUGUGUUCAACAUUAAUAUGUUACUUUCGCUAGAUAACUCAGUUGGAGCUUGCCCUGCAACUCCUAACACUCCUCCCUCCAUGGAGCUAGAUUAUAACGAUACCUACGAUGAUGAGGAUGAUAUAUGUGAGCCCUGGGAAGACGAGGUCGAACCUCACCCACCUACUACUGAUGGUGGCAAAGAUCAAAAUACCGAAAUUUGCUACUUUGACGAAGGAGUUAGAGUUUAUCGCUUUGGAGGUGCUACAGGAGGUCUCGUAUUGGAUUGA